CCAAUUGCUCCAAUAUAAACACAGAAAACUCAGAAGAUAUUGAUUUCUCAAAUUCCCCACAAAAUCCAACACACAGAGAAUUGCGGGGAGGAGAGAGAGAGAGAGAUGGCGGUGGCCAAUGGAUGGGGCGUGGGACAAGCAAUCCCACUGCCCCAAUUCGGACCCAAUUGCUGCUCCGGCUUCUUGCCCAACACCAAGUCCAAAUUCAACACUUCGAAUAAAAAUCUGAGCGUUGUUCUCAAUUGGGGCUGCUCUGUUCAGGCCAAGCUUUCAUCUUCUUCGUCUUCGAGUAGUAGCAGGAGUCGGAAGAGCUCGAAUUUGUGCUGCAGGUGCAGUGAGAGCGACAGUUACGGUGAGGACUGUGCCGGGUCGUCGUUGGAAUGGGAUUGGAAUCGGUGGAGCCGCCAUUUCUCCGAGGUCGAACAGGCCGAGAGCUUCGCCUCUGUUCUCAAGUUUCAACUUGAAGAUGCAAUUGAGAAGGAAGAUUUCGAGGAAGCUGCAAAACUGAAAAUGUCUAUUUCAGAAGCUACAUCAAAGGACACUGUUGCUGAGAUCAUGUCUCAAUUGAAGGUUAUCUGUCUGUAUCUACAGGUAGGUUGGUGGGUUGGCUACCCAAAAGAUUCAGAUGAUCCUUUUGGAAGACUAAUACGAAUAACUCCUGGCGUGGGCAGAUUCGUUGGGAGGAGUUACAGUCCAAGACAGUUGGUUGCUUCAUCACCAGGAAGUCCCCUAUUUGAAAUUUUUGUGGUAAAAAAUGCUGAUGGGACAUACGUUAUGCAGGUAGUGUACUUACACCAACCCAAAGGCAGUUCAACAAACUCCAGUGUCACACCGUCCAAACCUGAAAAAGGCUCAUCCACUUCCGAACUUGAGAAUGCAACCCUAGUAGAUGUUCAGAAAAAUGAAGGUAAGGCCGAGAGCAGCGAGGAAAAGGGCCUUAAUAUUGAGGGAGCAACGGAGGAGGGAAUAAAAAGUGUGUUAAAUUUUCUUAAGAAAAAAAUUCCUGGACUGAAAGUUAAAGUCAUGGAUGUUGAUAUUGCUAAGGAAGUGAUAGAGGAUGACAAUUCUGCGAACCAAUUGAUGCAAGAAAAUAGUGUCUCGUCAGAUUCUGAUGAGAAUUCUGAAGAUGAAGUGGAUAAUUUGGAUGAAAAACAGCCUGAUGAGGUCACUCUAGGAGAAGGUAGCGAUACUAUAGAAGAUGAAAAGGAUUUGGAUAUGAAACUUUUUAUUGGUGGGGUUGUACAUAAUAAUGAGGAUGCUUCUAGCAAGGAUGAGUAUGUGCGUCGGCCUGCUGAAAUCAAAGAUGUGGAGAAAGAUUCUUUUGUGCUGCAUAUUCCAGGGAGAAGCCUAGAUCAUGACACUAGAGAAAGUAAAGCAUCUAAGUUCAAAGUGGCAGCUCUAGCACCUAAAAGUGCCGCUGAGCUCAUGCCUUCUGAGGUUGCCAAGGCAUUUUUUAAUUCUGACAAGCUCUCUUCAAAGAUGACAAGGAAUAUGCGUGAAAUAGUCAAGUUUGCCGUUAGUCAAGCUCAGAAGCGGAAUAGAUUAUCUGAGUAUACAAAUUUUAGUCGGCUCAACACCUCAAGAGGAGAUCUGGAUCCAUUUGAAGGCCUGUAUGUUGGUGCAUUUGGCCCUUAUGGCAAUGAGGUAGUGCAACUCAGGCGUAAGUACGGACACUGGAAUAGUUCAGAAGGCAAAGACUCUUCAGAUGUGGAGUUCUUCGAAUAUGUUGAAGCAGUUAAGCUAACUGGGGACCUGAAUGUUCCUGCUGGCCAGGUGACAUUUCGUGCUAAAAUUGGGAGAGGGAACCGCCAGUCUAACCGUGGAUUGUAUCCAGAUGAGUUAGGAGUGGUAGCAAGUUACAAAGGACAAGGAAGAAUAGCAGAAUUUGGGUUCCGGAAUCCACAGUGGGUUGAAGGAGAACUUCUCCAACUCAGUAACAAGGGCAUUGGACCAUACAUCAAAAGUGCAGAUCUUGGUUUUCUUUACAUCGUCCCCGAGCAAAGUUUCCUUGUACUGUUCAACCGCCUGAAACUACCAGAAUGAACCGAUGAUUCCUAAUCUUUUCGAGUUCUUACAACUUCGAUAUGGCAGACAGAUGUCAGAGAAGAGUUCUUCAAGUGUACCGUAUCUGAGCAAAGAAGUUAGCGCCGCCUACUUCAAGUACGCACUCUGGAGUUAUUAGUUUCUAGUUUCCUCCCAUAUUCAACUUCCAUCUGCUACCCCCAUGUAACUCCAUGAGCUUUAUAUCAUUUUUGCUGACCAAAUAUAUAUAUACACGACCGGUACUGUAACUACGAUGAUGCUCCAGGUCGUGAACAUUUCCGGAUACUGCCCGGUUUCUCUGUGUCGACUGUUAAUAUUUUAUCGUACAAACAUGGUUUCUUAUCAUGACUGGUUGGUGGAUUAGACGAUGGUAACUCAUCAAA